AUGUCGUUAAAUCCAUUCUCUACCCCACAGCAACAUCACACGCCGCCUCAGUCACCGUUUCAAACUCCGCAACAGACGCCUCAGCCGCAGAGCAUCUCUUUCUUCUCGCAAACGCAACAACAACAAAAAACGCCGUCGUUUCAGCCGCAACAGUUCCUGCAACAACAGUUGUAUCUGUUCACGAACGAUCAAGCUCCGGCGAGUUACAGCACCAAAUGGAGUGAUCUUCAUCCCGAUUCUCAGAAACUUCUUCUUGAGAUUGAAAAGAAGAUAUUAGAGUACAAAAGUGAAAGCCAGAGGUUAGAUCAAUGCAACCGUCUUUAUGAUUCUUAUAUAUCCACUGGAGGUUUUGAGUUUGAUGCAAGCCGCAUUGUUCAGGAGCUUGGUGGGAUUAAUACUACAAUGGACAGACAAAAGGCUGUUCUCCACCAGCUUAUGCUGGUUGUUAAAGAUAUGCUGCGUGAUUCAGAGACUGCUGUUAGGUCUUUCAUGAUGUUACAGCCAAGAUUCCGUAGUUCUAAACCAGGUGGAGGAGGAGGAGGAGGAGAUGUUGGUGUUGGUGGUGGUUCUCAGGGAGUGAACUCAGCUCCAGCUUCCUCUGUUCAGCAACAAGCAAUUCAAGUUUCUUACUUUUACCGUGGGAUUCCCAAGAAACCUACAGCUUUUUUGCUUCAAAUAGUUGUGAGAUUUGAGAAGUAUCUAGCAGAGUGUCGACAAUGGGUUGAGGAGCUGGAGCAGUUGCUUGCUUUGGAUGCUGACAAGUAUAAUCGGCAUGUUUUAGUUUUGGAAUCUCUUCCAAAAGUCAUGUCUAACGUGCAUGACUUCUUUGUUCAUUUGGCUGCUAAGGUAGAGAAUGUUCACCAGUAUAUUGAAUCAAUGAGAACAGCGUAUCUUGCUGACCAACGACGGAGAGGAGAGUGUAAUGAUCCGUUUCUUGAAGCUGAUCGGAGAGAAACAGCAAAACAAGAAGCUGCUGCUAAGAGGGUCCACCCAACUCUGCAUCUACCUGUGUCUACUACAAGUACACAAACCUCAACACAAGUUGCUGGAUUGAUUACUAACUCAGCAACUCCAUGGGUUUCAAAUGCUCCACAAACACCUGCAGCCUUUUCAACAUUAGGAACUGUCUUGUUUCCUGACACACCUGCUUCAGCACCUUCGUCUUCUCUCUUUGCUACACCUGCUUCUGGAUUUGGUUCUGCUCCAUAUUUGUUUGGCCAGUCAACUCCAUCAAAUCCUGCUACGCCUUCACAGUUUACAGGUCCUACACAUGGUUCAGGAGCCAACUUCAAUUCUAUGACAAGACCUUCAAGGUUCAAAUCCCGAACUUCACGACGUUAG